CCUUGGGUGGGGUGAGAGCAAGGGGGAGGCCAGGAGCCCCCAGCUGUGUUGACCCCCCGACGUGUGUCGCCCUCAGGCCAAUUCGCCACCUGUGAUCGUGAACACGGACACGCUGGAGGCUCCGGCCUAUGUGAAUGGGACCGAGGGCGAGAUGGAGUAUGAGGAGAUCACGCUGGAGCGGGGCAACUCGGGCCUGGGCUUCAGCAUCGCAGGUGGCACGGACAACCCACACGUUGGGGACGACCCCAGCAUCUUCAUUACCAAGAUCAUCCCCGGCGGAGCUGCUGCACAGGACGGGAGGCUCAGGGUAAACGACAGCAUCCUGUUUGUGAAUGACGUGGACGUGCGGGAGGUGACGCACUCGGCAGCUGUGGACGCGCUCAAGGAGGCUGGCGCCAUCGUGCGUCUCUAUGUCAUGCGGCGCAAGGCGCUGGCUGAGAAGGCAGUCGAGGUCAAGCUAGUCAAGGGCCCCAAGGGCCUGGGGUUCAGCAUUGCAGGCGGGGUCGGGAACCAGCACAUCCCAGGUGACAACAGCAUCUACGUCACCAAAAUCAUCGAGGGCGGUGCUGCCCACAAGGAUGGGCGGCUGCAAAUCGGGGACAAGAUCCUGGCGGUGAACAAUGUGAGCCUGGAGGAUGUGAUGCAUGAGGACGCGGUAGCUGCGCUCAAGAACACGUAUGACGUCGUCUACCUGAAGGUGGCCAAGCCCACAGGUGUCUACCUCAAUGACGCCUACGCCCCACCCGACAUCACUUCCUGUGAGUGCCCCGCGUCUGACGCCACUUCCUCCUACUCCCAGCACCUGGACAACGAGAUCGGGCCCCAGAGCUACCUGGGCAGCGAGUAUCCCCAGGCCAUGACGCCCCCCUCCCCCCGCCGCUACUCCCCCAUCCCCAAGGAGAUGCUGGGGGAGGAGGACAUCCCCAGGGAGCCCCGGCGCAUCGUGAUCCACCGCGGCUCCACGGGCCUUGGCUUCAACAUCGUGGGCGGGGAGGAUGGCGAGGGCAUAUUCAUCUCCUUCAUCCUGGCCGGCGGCCCGGCUGAUCUCAGUGGGGAGCUGCGCAAGGGUGACCAGAUCCUCUCGGUGAACGGUGUGGACUUGCGCAGUGCAACACAUGAGCAGGCAGCCGUCGCCCUCAAGAAUGCAGGGCAGAGCGUCACCAUCGUGGCCCAGUACAAGCCAGAGGAGUACAGCCGGUUCGAGGCCAAGAUCCAUGACUUGCGGGAGCAGCUGAUGAGCAGCAGCCUCGGCUCUGGCACUGGCACUGGCACGGGCAGCGCCUCCCUGCGUGGCAGCACCAAGCGUGGCUUCUACGUCCGGGCGCUGUUCGACUAUGACAAGGCCAAGGACUGUGGGUUCCUGAGCCAGGCUCUGUCCUUCCGGUUCGGCGAUGUGCUGCAGGUGCUGGAUGCCGGUGACGACGAGUGGUGGCAGGCACGGCGUGAGCUGCCCCCUGGCCCUGAGCCUGCCCUUGGCUUUGUGCCCAGCAAGCGCCGGGUGGAGCGCCGGGAGUGGACACGGCUCAAAGCCAAGGAUCGGGUGCCAGGAUCGGGCUCACAAGGUCGGGAAGACUCAGUGUUGAGCUACGAGACUGUGGUGCAGAUGGAAGUGCACUACGCCCGUCCCAUCAUCAUCCUGGGCCCCACCAAGGACCGGGUGAAUGACGACCUCCUCUCUGAGUUCCCCGACAAGUUCGGCUCCUGCGUUCCCCACACGACGCGGCCCAAGCGGGAGUAUGAAGUGGACGGGCGCGACUACCACUUUGUGUCAUCGCGGGAAAAGAUGGAGAAGGACAUCCAGAGCCACCGCUUCAUCGAGGCUGGGCAGUACAACAGCCACCUCUAUGGCACCAGCGUCCAGUCUGUGCGCGAGGUGGCUGAGCAGGGCAAGCACUGCAUCCUUGACGUCUCAGCCAAUGCUGUGCGGCGGCUUCAGGCUGCCGGGCUCCACCCAAUUGCCAUCUUCAUCCGUCCCAAGUCCCUUGAUAACGUCCUGGAGAUCAGCAAGCGCAUCACAGAGGAGCAGGCGCGGAAGGCGCUGGACCGGGCCGGGAAGCUGGAGCAGGAGUUCACUGAGUGCUUCUCAGCUAUCGUGGAAGGUGACAGCUUCGAGGAGAUCUACCACAAAAUCAAGCGGAUAAUAGAGGAACUUUCCGGGCCGUACAUUUGGGUCCCAGCCCGGGAAAGACUCUAAGAUGGCCGCCUGGUGACUCUCCCAAGGACGUGUCAUGACCUCCUAGAAGCAGCCCUGCCCCCCUCCUUUCUUCCCAGCCCCAUAAAAUCCCGUCCCCGGGGAGGGGGGCAGGACUCCUUUUUCUUCCAUCCCCCUUGGAGGGGCUUAGCCAAUGGGGUGCCCCCAUUUCCAGCCCCAUGGGUUUUCGGCUCUUCCCCCCACCCAUACCCCAAGAUUUGGAGGGAAUGGGGCUGGGGGAGUGGUGGGAACCCAUGGCUGGG